AUGGAAGGCGCUUUAGGGAUAAUUUUAGAAGGACCACUGCCUAUUACGAAGUUGUAUCUACUUGGCGUGGUAACUUGCACGUUAGCUGUCAGAACCGGGUUGCUUAAUAGAUUUCCGCAUGAUGUAAAUUUACUAAUUAGGAGACGGCAGUAUCACUUGUUAAUUUUAUCGUUUUUUGAUGUUAAACCAAGGGAUUUGGUAAUCUCCCUUGUUGAUUUGGGUUUUAAGCUGUCGAACCAUGAAAGGGUCGUUAACAACUCCAAGAGAUACUUGUGGAAUUUACUUGUAUUGUCCACGGUAAUUACUCUGUUAGCAUACACCAUUGACACCAGGAUGCCGUCUAUGGUUGAAGUAUUAAAAAUUAAUAUAGACUACUUCACCAUGAGGCUGGAGAAAACUUCUGUGCUAGCCUGUUACACACACAUAUGCCUAAUUCUACUAACCAGGGGCUACAAAGGAUGCCUGCUUUGUUUUCUACCGGGAUAUAUACUUUAUUUUGUGGGAGAAGUACUGAAUAAAAUAUAUGUGAAAGGCAUAACGAGGCAUGUUGGCGAGCGGUUUGCACGUCAGAAUGGGUAA